AACUUUGUGAGUCUCAUUCUUGCCCCUUUUCUAAAACGAUGAGGUCUCUACCCAUCUGCUGCGUCCUCCUCGUCCUCCUCGGGGCCGUUACUCAAGCGAGCGGCGACAGCCAAUUUGUCAAGCUCUGCGGCAGAGAGUUCAUCCGAGCCGUCAUCUACACCUGCGGAGGAUCCAGAUGGAGAAGGUUGUUGUCCACAGAACCCCAAGUCAUUCCUGGCAGAGGGCAGAUCUUCGACCUGCGCGACGGGGACGUGGAGGUUGCCGAACCUUUGGAGUUUCACCUGCAGAGAAUCAACUCCCAAAACGCCGAGGCGGCCCAUCAGAGCGAGUCUUUGGAGGAGUUUUGGGAUUCGGAGAAAAAUCCAAUCCAAGAAAGACGUGACCUGAACGAGCUGCUGACCACGGCGUGCUGCAAAACCGGCUGCAAAAAGAAGGAUUUAAGUUCACUUUGCUAAAUUAUAUCAUUCUGACCUUAACCCUUUUGGUUGCCAGAGGGGAAUAUCC